UUAAUGCUUACACAAAUGUUGCCUUGACAACCAUUCAAAACAAUUAUGGACGUCGACAACAUAGCCCACAAAGAAUAUCUGACAGUUCUGUGACAACUUGGUAAAGUUGUAAAAAAUAACAUGCAAUUACAAUGUGAGUCGUAAUGUGCUGUGUAUAAAUAUAAAAUGCAAACUGAAACAACUAUCUUACCGGUUGUACAGCUUAAUGUGCAUAGAACAGUCAAUAGAAAUCCAAAGCUUGACUCAAAAAACUCAACACUAGAAUCCAAAAAGCUAUCUUCUUGCAAAAAAACAUUAUUUCAAUCAAACAAAAAAUGUUUGAAUCCUUUACUUGGUUUGUAUAAAAGCAUAUUAAAAUAUAUUAAUUAUUAUGUAAUACUUUUUUAUGUUGUACAUAUAUUUAUACAUACAUACAUAUAUAUAGGAGCGCCAUAUAGAGGUAGUAUUAAACAACAAUCAUUGUCGGAUGAACCAAAAUCUGGUGAUAAAAGUGUUCUCGGACAAAGAGUAAUGUCAGCAAAAAUGCUUCGUUUCAAGCAGUUACAAAAUCAAUUAGCUGAUGCACACUAUCAUCUUAACGAAUUAGCAAACGAAAACAGAUUAUUAAAGGCAUUGCAGAAAAGACAAGAUUCGGCAUUAAGGCGUUACGAAGGUACAAAUGCUGAGUUACCAAGACUUAUAAAUUCGCAUCAUGAAGAAUUAAGAAUACUUCAAACAAAAUAUAAGAAGUUGAAAGAGUUACAUAAGGACACAUGUAACAUGUUAAAAGAAAAAGAAAAUGAACUUUAUUCUGCAAAUUCACAAAACAAGCAUCUAUUGCAACUUAGUAAAGAUCGAAAUCUUGAAGAGAGAGAAAAGUUACAGUUGCAAUUAUCUGAUAUGAAUCAUAAAGUGCAACAGCAACAAGAAACUAUACAGCUCUUACAUAGAAAACUUGCACUUGAAAGUAAGAGUUUAAAGCAUCAAUUACAUGUAGAGAUUUCAAAACACAAAGAGACACAGAAAAACUUGCAGGAAAAAAUAGAGAAAUUGAAGAGUUUAGAAUAUUUAUUAGAUAAUAGAGAGAAGAGAUUAUAUUAUAAUGGUCAAUUGCCAAUUUAUAAUAAAGAGAAAAAUCUAGGUAGUCAUUCUCUUACAAAUCUCAGCAUCCCCUCAAAUCCAGUUAAAAUAUCUAAUAGGAAUAAAAAAAGCGAAACGGAUAUAUCAAAGGACAAUUUGCCAUUACUUGAUCCAUUGGAGUCUAAUGAAGAUGAAAAAAUAAUUCAGAUGACAAAUAAUACGAAUCAUUCUGUAGAUCGAUUGAAAUCGGAAACAAUGGCAAGUUUACAACAAAUACGAAAGUUUCGAUUGCAAAGAUCACCACAUAUGCGUAAAAACGCGCAUUCUAUGGACGAUUUAAGAUUUAGAUCUAAAGAUCCAGAAAUGAGAAGACAUAAUGAAAAAAUUACAACAGACUAUAAAGAGAGAAAUGAUUCGAAUAAUGAUAAAAACGAAAGUGGCAAAUUACGAAAAUUAUUUAGCAAAGUAAAAAACCAAAAUCUGCAAAAAGAAUUGAACAUUGAAUUCGAUCAUUCAUCUGAUGAUGAAGAGAAUGAUAGUAUUAAUGAAUAUCAUAUGAAAUCUUAUGUCACAGAUACUUCACAGAAAUCUAGAGAAUUAUAUGCAAGAUUAAUUAGCAGCACAGACGAUAUCUCUGACACUUUAGAUGAUAUGAUGAAAAAAGUAGAUAUCCAUUAUAGUGAUGAAGAAGAAAAAGAAUUAAAUGCAAGUGUAGCAAAUGACCUAAUGUUUCAGAAGCACAAGAGUAAAUUAAGAGUAUUACAACAUUAUAGAAACAAAGAUGUUUAUGAUAGUGAUUCUGAAUUUGAGUCUGAUGAAAAGAUAGAUACAAAUGGAGAUUCUUCCAUAGAAUAUAAAACCAAUAAUUUUCAGACUGAUUUAUCUAAGUAUACAAAAUUUAAUAAAUCUUUUAACGAUAUUGCUCAUCUAGAGCAUAAUGGUUUAGAAAUGAGGGAACAAUCUGCCAUUGAGAGAUUAAAGGAUGUACAGUUACAAAAGAUGUCUGAUCACAUUCUAGACAAUCUCCAUACAGAAAACAGAGAGGUUUCUCAACAGUCUUUAAAGAAAAUAUGGCCAAAAGGACAACAAUUUCUGGAAGAAGCUGAAAUAGAAAAUUCAUUUAAUGAUAUUAAAAAAGAAGACUAUAUAAAAGGAAAAAAUGAAAUAUAUUUGGAAGAUAAAUGUGAAGAAAUGAAAAAUUUACCAAGUCCAAAAAGGAGAGAAGUUAAAAAAAGCUCACAGGAAGAGGAAUCCACGGCAAACUUUGAUGAAAGCAACUGUCCUGCACAUAACUUACAAUUAGAAGAAGAAUAUCUUAAGCCUAGAAUAGAGGAAACGCCAAGUGUAAUACAUCAAAGCAAUGAAGAAACAUUAAAUGAAAAUAAUUUCAAUGUAAAAACAAAAAAUAAAUUGAAUACUUCAUUAGAAGCAGAAAAUACUAAUACAUUAUCCACUAAUGUUCAGUCUCAUCAGACUGAACAGACUAUUAGCACCAAAGCUGAGCGAAUAGACAAUAAACAGAUAAAUGACAAAAAGAAAGUAAUUAAUUACGACAAAGAAAAGUUAUUAGCUACAAUGAAAGCUAUUGAUGACAAUGAAAAUAUUGAAUAUUUAAAUCAAGGAUUCAAGAAUCACAACACAACCAGAAUGCAAAUAACGGAGAAUUUAUAUCGUGGCUUACCUACACACUCGAAACCAAAACGCGAUAUUAUUAAAAAUAUAUUUGAAGACAACCAUAUAGAACAUAAAGUCAGAGGCACUUGCAGUAAAUCUCAUUGAGAUUUUAAGAAACAGUUACAUUAAAGAUUAUAGUAAAUAGCACAAAACUUAUUUUCUCUUAUCUUUCUUCAAUUCCAUUAAACUCUAUGUGCAAAUAUAUCAGGAGAUAUAGUAUUAUAAAAAGAAGGCAUACAUUAUAUUUUUUUCUAGAGCGUAUAAAAGUUUUUAUCAACUUGCCUGAGUUUAUGCCACUGAAUAUUAGAUAUACUUUAUCUGAAACUACAUGAGAAGAAUGUAUUUUAUCUUUUAAUAAAAAAAAUAAAUGUAAAAU